CCCGCUAUUUUUGCCUCUGAGGCGCACGCACAGAUUUCGUGUUCUCCAUAGUUUCUCACUUUCUCUCUCUACCCUCCUCCUCUCUUUCGUUUCAUGGAUUCUCCCUCUCGCUCCUCCGUCAUCAUCGUCGGUGCCGGUGUCUCCGGUAUCUCCGCGGCGAAGGUACUGGCCGAGAACGGCGUAAAGGACAUCGUAAUCCUCGAGGCUUCAGACCGCAUCGGCGGCAGGAUCCGAAAGGAAAACUUCGGCGGCUUCUCCGUCGAGCUCGGUGCUGGUUGGAUCGUCGGAGUCGGCGGCAAAGAGUCCAAUCCUGUUUGGGAACUCGCCGCCGAAUCCGGCCUCCGAACCUGCUUCUCCGACUACAGCAAUGCGCGAUACAACAUCUACGACCGCAGUGGGAAGAUAUUUCCGAGUGAAAUUGCUGCGGACUCGUAUAGAAAAGCCGUGAACUCGGCAAUUCAGAACUUAAAUAACCAGGAAACUGAUCGAAGAGCCGAUAGCUCCAAAAUAACCGAAUCGGAAUCACCUUUGACGCCGUUAGAGCUAGCAAUUGAUUUCAUCCUCCAUGAUUUUGAAAUGGCAGAGGUAGAACCAAUAUCUACAUUUACAGACUUUGGCGAAAGGGAAUAUUUGGUGGCGGAUGAAAGAGGUUAUGAUUAUUUGCUAUAUAAAAUUGCAGAAGAUUUUCUGUUUACAUCUGAGGGUAGAAUAAUGGACAGUCGUCUCAAACUUAACCAGGUCGUCCGGGAAAUACAGCAUUCAGGAAGUGGCGUUACGGUGAUAACCGAGGAUGAUUGCAUCUACGAAGCAAAUUACGUAAUUCUUUCUGUUAGCAUUGGCGUUCUCCAGAGCGACCUCGUUGCCUUCAAUCCACCCCUGCCUAUAUGGAAAUUGAAAGCAAUACAGAAGUGUGAUGUAAUGGUGUACACUAAAAUUUUCCUGAAGUUUCCAUACAAGUUCUGGCCAAUUGGACCCGGAAAGGAAUUCUUCAUAUAUGCUCACGAACAGAGAGGCUACUACACAUUUUGGCAGCAAAUGGAGAAUGCAUACCCUGGCUCUAAUAUCUUGGUUGUGACGUUGACAAAUGGGGAAUCAAAACGUGUGGAAGCUCAAUCGGAUGAAAACACCUUGAGAGAAGCUAUGGAGGUUCUCAGGGAUAUAUUUGGAUCAAACAUACCCGAUGCCAUUGAUAUACUAGUUCCCCGAUGGUGGAAUGACAGGUUCCAACGUGGCAGCUACAGCAACUAUCCCAUUAUCUCUAAUCCCCAAGUAGUUCGUGAUAUGAAGGCUCCAGUAGGUCGCGUUUUCUUUACCGGAGAGCACACAAGUGAAAGAUUUAACGGCUACGUACAUGGUGGAUACCUUGCAGGUAUUGAUUCUAGCAAAGAGUUACUAGAAGAAAUGAGAAAGGACGACAGAGAAAAUGAGAGCAAAACUCUACUAUUAGAGCCCAUGCUAGCAUUGACCGAAUGCAAAAUUCCUGGACAAUUAUAUCUCAGGGGCAAGCUUGGGAUGGCAGAGGCCAAAUUAUGACAUCAUAGACAUGAAUAGAAACCCUCCAUAGAAGAUGAUGAACGAAUCAUGACUGAUGAUAAUCAUCAUGGCCUGGGGGCCAGGGGGUGGUGAUACAUAGCCAAUUCAAGCUUUGGUGCGAAUGGAAAUAAAAUAUAGGUUAAAAGAAUGCAUUAGUCUAGCGGUUAGGCAAAGUUGUGCAAGAAACACUGCUCGGAUCUUCUCCCUUUAGUACAAAAUAAAUGCUAAUGGAGCAUACUAAGUUAUCAAUGCUAAUAAAGGGAAUUAAUUGGUUUUAGUAUA